AUGGACUCGGUCAAGGCUUUUGUCGCCAAUCUGACGCCCGAGGCCGUGUCAUCCCAGGCCAACAUCCUCGCUGGGUCGAGCGUCCUCGGCCUGCUCGCUCAUCUCUACUGGCAGCGGUUCGAGCCCGACCCCAUCAGCUAUGGCCAGUUCGCCCUCGUCCUCGGUGGAGGUCUAGUCUACUUCUUCCAUGCCACUCUCAGAUCCCUCACCCUUGCAGCGCUAUACACCGCAGAGGUGUUCACGAUAUUCAACACCAUCGUACUCCUGUCCAUGGUCAUCUACCGCCUCUCACCCUGGCAUCCGCUCGCCAAGUAUCCCGGUCCGACAUUGGCCAAAGUCUCCAAACUCUACUGGUGGUACCAGGCCAAGAUCGGCCAGACAGGCUACACCCAGGCAGCGUUGCACAAAGAGUACGGAGACUUUGUGCGCAUCGGUCCCAACUGGGUUUCCGUGCGCUCUGCCGAUGCCAUUCCAAUCAUAUACGGUGGGUCCAAAACUGGGGCUGCCCACGGCCGUGCGCCUUGGAUGAAGAAUGACUGGUACGAGGGUGCUAUUCGCGGCGCGACACGCAUCAGCGUUCACCAGGAAGUCAACUUGGAUAAGCACCACAUUCGCCGCAAGUUGUGGGACAAUGGAUUCACAGGCAAGGCGCUGGCCGACUACAAACCCGAGAUUCUCGAGUUCUGCGAUAAACUCAUACGCAAUGUCAAUGUGGCGACGGCGCGCGCGGACGCAACGGGCCAAACUCAAACGAUCGACAUGGGCCUUCAGUCCAGCUACUUUAGCUUUGACGUCAUGGGCGUACUCGGCUUUGGCGAACCGUUUGGCAUGUUGGACGCCGGCGUCAAGCACUUUUACGUCGAGACGCUCGAGAACGCCAUGCAAACUCUCAUCCCGUUCCAUGAGAUUAGCUGGAUCCGCAUCCUGCUGCGCAAGUUGCUGCCCCUCCCGGAGCGCCUCAAGAUUUUUGAGACUCAAAACAUGGAGCGCUUCGAGCGGCGCGCUAAACAGGGCUCGGCUCGCCGCGACCUCUUCACCUACCUUCUUGGCGAGGAGAAGGAGGACACUGGACAGCUGUUCAAGCUCACACGCUUGGAGUUGAUUGCCGACGCAGGGACCAUUGUCGUUGCCGGCUCGGACACGACUUCCUCCCUCCUCACUUGGUUCUGGUACUACAGCACAAAGUAUCCCCAGACUUACAAGGCGUUGCGUUCCGAGCUCUCAACCCUUUCAUCCGACCAGCUCACCGACACGACGACUCUAUCCAAACUCCCAUACCUCAACGCCGCCCUCAACGAGACCAUGCGCAUGCAGCCGGCCGUUCCCGGCGGUCUCCGCCGCCUUGUGCCCCCCGGUGGCAUCGACAUCGAAGGUCAUUACAUCCCCGAGGGUACAGUCCUUAGCGUGCCUGCGUACGCGAUUCAGCAUGACCCCCGUUGGUGGGGCGAGGAUUGCGACACGUACCGCCCCGAACGCUGGCUCGACACGACCGACAAGUACAACAAGAGCGCGUAUCUGCCUUUCAGUUACGGCUCGCGUGGAUGCCCCGGCAAGGGCCUCGCGAUGGUCGAGGCUCGCCUUGCCGUUGCUCAGCUCGCCACCCGCUUCGAGUUUUCCUUCCCCUCAUCCUUCAACCAGAGCAAGUUUGAGGCCGGCGUGCGCGACCACUUUACGAUUCAGAACCCUGCGCUGCCACUUGUUCCAACUCCGUCUCCGGUCAAGCAGGCGGCGUGA